AGGAGCUCACAGGGCAAGAGUUCACCGGUCUGUCGCUAACUCGGGGAGUUUCUCUCAGUUUUAUGAUCGCUGAGCAAGUUUAGAGGCGAAAACCAAACUCAUGUGAUCUACAAGGGAGUCGCUGUCCGCAACAUAACUUCAGCCUUACUCAUGGAUAUAAGUUAAGCCCGUAAAGUAACGCUGGAUACGUUGAUCGUGAAGUCUUCGGGUUAAAGGAGGUGUUUGUGUUGACUGUUCAGGGCGGCGAUGCGCUUUUAAACGGGACCAGUUUCCUGAGGGUGUUUGAGAGAGAGAGGCCUGAGACAUGAUGUCCAUUGGAGCUGAUAGCUGACACUGUAGAAUGAGAGAGGAUGGAACAGACAGACAGCCCUGCCCCUGAGACCAACAACCCUAAUGGGUUUGUCAACCGAGUGUUUAAUGUUUCUCUGGAUGUGGAGAAUGAGACCAGCAGUGUUUAUAUUCAGGAGACUGGGCCAAGGCCUGCAGAGGGGCAGGGAGAGACCCAGGCUGCCUCUUCUCAGUCUCCUGUCAAGGACAGACAGGAGGUCAACCGGAGGCCCCGUGCCACAGGGGGCAUCUGGAAGAUCUUGAACCGAAAGAGAGCUGUGUCAGAGCUGGAGAGGAGACCCCACUCCAUGAUCCUGCCUGGGGAGGCUUCCAUCCCUAAACUCUCAUUUGCUGACAAAGUUCGCUCCUUCAAGAAGCUUAAAUCCCCCUCUGUGUUUAGAGGGAGGACAGGCAAGUUGUCCACCACAAAGUUCAGCAGCUCAUUUGUGGAUGAGGAGUCUUUCUGCCAUGACAUUGGCACUCCGCAGCAGUCCAGCAGGGGCACACUUCGACAUCGUGGCAAGAGGCACUCGUAUGCUGGCUGUACAGCAGAAUUUGACUGCUCGUUCGAAGAUAUUGACCUCUCAGCUCCUAUAGACGGCUGUCAGCCCGCUGCAACGGGAGAGGCUGUUACUCAGAAUGGUUGUAAACCGUCUGAAAGAGUUUCCUACACAAAAAGAAGCCACAACAAUUCAACCAACUGUAACAAAACAGCUGCAGGCUACGAGGAGCCCAGCAUUAAAAGUAGCUCGAGCACCCACCAGGGGAGAGGAAGGAGGCACAAAGAUGUAUGGAGUUACCUGAGGAGGAUUUCUCUUUUGGGGAAGGCCAAUCCUGUUUACGCAGAGAGGAGCUUUGACUCUGAGCUUCACUCUCUGGACAAAACCAUCGACUCAGACUAUGGCUCUGUAGACUUUGAGAGUGUCAGAGACUUCCAGCCUGCGCCCCCGAAACACCCUGACACCAAGGGGCACUUUGGUGGUCUGUUCAAGUUUUUCAACAGUGUAGCAGAGACAGCCAGAAAAUGGCGGACAACAACACGGUCCUUCUCCCCUCCAGAGGGAGAAAGGACUCCGAUGAGCACCCCACGGGCCCCACAGCGUACAGUGGACAACAUUCACAGUGUGUCCCUGACACUUCACAGUGAAGGAUUUCCAAUAUCCCAGCCUAUUCCAUCAUCACCAGUGAACACUAAACCCUUACACUCCAGUAGCUUGGACAGCGAGGCUCCAGCACCUGUGACAAGUGGACGGUCCCCUACAGUGGUCCUGAAAGCCUUCAGGGCAUGUCCAGGAUCUCGAGCUGUUAAUGGCCUUCAGAGCACUGAGGGUACAGACAAACAUACAGACAGAGAGACAAACCACAGGUCCACAGCCACAGUAGCGAAUCAUAUCCACCAGACUGGUCCAAACACUGAGACUAAAACCAAAGCAGAGGUUAAAGGGGAUCCAUUACACUGUCUCUGUCGUGAGGAAAAGGUAGAGGGACAGACAGGAAAUGAGCAGGAUUCCAGGGAUGCUCCACCUGACUCCCACCAGAUACAGGAAGAGAGCGUCCAAUCGCAACAAGGUGAUAAAGAGAGCACAACCAAUAGCGUACCGGCAUCAGAUUCCACAGAGGAAAUAUUUAAGCUGUGUGAGCAGAUUGCCAGCCAGACAGGCUGCAGUGUAAGACAGCCGGGCUCAGCCAUGCCCCACUCUAGCACAGAGAAGACCUCUGUACAUCACAAGUCCCUGCGCCUUCGUCCUCGCCCGGCCUCAGCUGUCCUGGACCUGUGGAGGCCCAACCCCGACCGAGACCUCUUCAGCCAUUAUAGUGAGGUUGGUUCACUAUGUAGGCGGAGACGCAGGCCUGCUCCCACCAUGCAACAUUCUCCGGGGCAGCGACGGAUGGCUGCUCGCUCCAGGCCUUGCUCUGUCAUAGAGACCAGUGUUACUAGGGAGCCGCAGUCCACGGAGAUGCACCACAGAGCCUUGUCUCGCCCCCCGGGUGUGUCACCAUUAGAGCCCCCAGUCAGGGCAUCUCUCCAGCGGUGCCGUUCAUUGCCACUUCCCCCCAGCACUCUCACUGCCUUGGCGCUGCUCCUGCCUCAGUCAGCAGACAUGGGUCAGUCGUCUUCGUCUGUACGUCUGCGGUCUGGAGACUCCGGUAGCUGCAGGAGGGGGAGGCUGUUGAGACCUGGUUCAGAACCACUGCAGGUCAACAUUUUGAUAAGUGGAGGCUCAAUCGUCAAUGCUGAGGCGGUAUGGGACCAUGUGACCAUGGCGGACCGGGAGUUGGCGUUUAAGGCCGGUGACGUCAUCAAGGUGCUGGACGCCUCCAACAAGGACUGGUGGUGGGGCCAGAUUGAUGAGGAGGAGGGAUGGUUCCCUGCCAGCUUUGUACGGGUGGAACCCCACCCUCCUCAGCCCCAAACAAAACAGGUUUUCUAUAUCAACCCCAUAGCAACUCCACGGUUCCAAAACACCACGUCAAAGCUGUGGGUGAACCAGGAGGACGGGGGAGGAGAGCCAGCUGAGGGGACCAGCGAGGUUCAGAAUGGGCACCUGGACCCAACCAAUGACUGCCUGUGUCUGGGCUCGCCCCUCCAGAACCGAGACCAGAUGAGAGCUAACGUCAUCAAUGAGAUCAUGAGCACAGAGAGACACUACAUCAAACACCUCAAGGACAUCUGUGAGGGUUACCUGCGCCAGUGCAGGAAGCGUGUGGACAUGUUCAACGAUGACCAGCUGAAGGUCAUCUUUGGGAACAUCGAAGACAUUUACCGCUUCCAGAUGGGCUUUGUUAGAGACUUGGAGAAACAGUACAACACAGAGGAACCGCACCUCUCUGAAAUUGGACCAUGCUUUUUAGAACAUCAAGAUGGGUUUUGGAUCUAUUCAGAAUACUGUAACAACCACUUGGAUGCCUGUAUGGAGCUGAGCAAACUGAUGAGGGAUGGCAGGUACCAGCACUUCUUCGAGGCCUGUCGCCUCCUCCAGCAAAUGAUUGACAUUGCCAUAGAUGGCUUCUUGCUCACCCCUGUCCAGAAAAUCUGCAAAUAUCCACUCCAGUUGGCCGAGCUUCUCAAAUACACCGCACAGGAGCACAGUGACUAUCGAUAUGUGGCCGCGGCCCUGGCAGUAAUGCGGAACGUCACUCAGCAGAUCAACGAAAGGAAGAGGAGGCUGGAGAACAUCGACAAGAUCGCCCAGUGGCAAGCCUCUGUUCUGGACUGGGAGGGGGAUGAUAUCUUGGACAGGAGCUCAGAGCUCAUCUACACUGGGGAGUUGUCAUGGAUCUAUCAGCCGUAUGGACGCAGCCAGCAGCGAGUCUUCUUCCUCUUUGAUCACCAGCUGGUCCUCUGUAAGAAGGAUCUGAUACGCCGGGACAUCCUGUACUAUAAGGGCCGCAUUGACAUGGAUCGCUACGAGGUGCGGGACGCCAUAGACGGGCGCGACGAUGACUUCAACGUGAGUGUGAAGAACGCCUUCAAAUUGUGCAACAAAGACAGCGAGGAGAUCCACAUCUUCCUGGCCAAGAAGCCAGAGGAGAAGAUCCGCUGGCUCAGGGCCUUCCACGAGGAGAGGAAGAUGGUGCAGGAGGAUGAGAAAAUCGGUUUUGAGAUCUCUGAGUACCAGAAGCGGCAGGCGGCCAUGACAGUGAGAAAGGUGACCAAACAGAAAGGUGUAAACAGGUGCACGCCCCCCUCAUACCCGCCCCCCCAGGACCCCCUCAGUGCGGGGCAGUAUGAAGUAACGGAGGACAUGGCACAAGGAGAGGUUUUUGAAUUCAGUCAAUCCAAAAGAGGCCAGGCUCCUUUCUGGCAGAAUUUUAGUAGAUUAGCUCCAUUUAAGAAAUAGAGAUACACGGACUCUUCUGAAGGACCAGCUAUUUUUCUUAGAAGCACUAAACACUGGAUGAUCAUGUCCCAUGAUGAAGAAAAAUACAAAAAACACACAUACACAAGAGACUUCGAAGUUAAGGACCAAUGUUAAUAUAGAGUGUGAUUUGAAGCAGCAAGAGGACUGAAGACUUGGAUUUAAAAAAAAAUUGAGAAAAAAAUGAAACUUUACAAUUCAUAUAUGUUAGUAACGUUCUUAGUUAUCAUGCUUCUACAGCUGAGUCAACUGUCAUGAACUCCUUCCCUCGGAUUCUGCAUAUUCACACCAUCUGAAUGUCCUGGAGUUAUUGAGAUUGUUAUAUGAUUUCAUUUUUAAUCCAUCAUCUGGAAAGAAACACAAGGCCACGCCAGGUCUUUACUAAUAGUAUUGAUUGUGUCCAAAAGCUGAGAUCUUGCUGUGCUGCUGUGUGAGAUUGCCUGUUACAUUCUUCUGAAUGUGAGAUUGAGUAACGACUGGCCUUGGCUACUGGUUGUGGCACUCGAAGGAACCCGUGAAGCUCGACUGUCAGUGUUGCCUCUGAGUUAGCUCCAUCCCGCCACUGAUCACAGACUGGUCAGGCCAUCUCUAGUAGCCUUCCCUUCACCAACUCUGACGUUCACAGCGUUUCCCUCCCUCUCUGCAUCCCUUCUCUCUAUCUCUCUCUACCCACCUGCUCAGCCUCAGUGAGUCAGUGGCUCUCAGAGGAAGAGCUUCAUUCUUUUGGAAACCUGCCACUGGCUAUGACGUGACGGGUCAGGGAACAAAUCAAUAGUCAGAACAUCAAUAGAAUAUUUACAUCCUUUCACCAAUCACUUUUGACAGGGUAUUCAUAUCCGAUCACGCCGAGGGGCUGUGGGUUGCAUUUGACGGAGAGCUUGCCGCUCAGAUGAAACAGCUGGGAGCAGGAGAUAGGCAGGUUACGGUCCACCUGCCUUGUGUCAGAGCCCCUCCCCCACUCUCCCCAGAGACCACCCCUGUAGCACUGUGCUGGCAGCUCACUGGGUGUUUUGGAAAGAGCACAGCCUACCUCCAGAAAUCCACUGAGAGCUAAAAGUGAAGUUGAUGCAUUGGCCAAGGUCUAAAAUAAUGUCUCUUUUUCAUGUCAGCUGGAACAAAAAAAGAAAAAAAAAAAGACUUCUUCAGCUCACUUAAUGAUUUUGUAUUGCUCACACUGUAAAAAGCACAGCACAUAAUCAGUGUGAGGGGCACUUUUUCUCUCAUUUGGGUAAGAGCGUUGCCACCGUGUGAGAAAUUAGAACGUGCCCUAACCAGCACAAGGGGAAAUGGUCAGGAAAGUGGCAGAAAUUAUAAAUGAACAGGAAGGCCAUAUCAGUUGGCUGAAAAAAAGUACACUGCAGGAGUGUGAGCCAAAAUACAGUAGGGAGGCGGAAAGGUGAAUUUAAUCUGUAGCAUGCAGGUGUCCUCCGACGGAUUCAUGCAUCUCUAAAGACUGCAGCUUCAAAUCUUGGCACUCCUCCCCCGUCACUUUGUUUUCCAGAUCUGAUCCAUGUUCUGGCAGUUAGGUCCGGCACUGUUAAGUGAUUUACAAAGGACUGUGGCCUGAUCAGAUUGAUUUGUUUAAUCAACAAAGCCCCCCUCCCGCCCCUCACCCUGAAGCUGCUGUGAGACAGAUCCUGCCAUAGAGCCCUUCAGCUGAGGUGUUAGAACAGAGAAUAUCAGCGGAGGAGAAACUACCAGUUCACACACAUCAUGAAGGCGUAUUCUUUUCUACAGUUGGAAUGUAAGUGAAACAUCUGUCCAUGGUUUGUGAUCAUAUUUUGACCUCAGAUACAGAAGUACAUUUUGUGUUGAAUUAUAUCACCUGAUGGACAGUACAUAUACAGUAUGACAAGUUGUGCAAUGUGAUAUAUCAUUAUAUAUCUUCACUAUUCACUACAGCGUGAUAUGAAAGAGUUAUAUAUCGUUCUAUGUCAUUUGUUUGCCUUCUUACAGGCCUUAUAACCUAUUGGAAAAAAGACCUUAGAAUUGCUUUGUAUGUUGUGUAAUUUAUGUUUUGUUUCAGUAAAGAAAGUUGAGAAAUGG